AUGGACCCGGCAAAGGACAAGUUGAGCGCGACGGACGCGGACGCGAUGCUGCCGGCGCACCAGCGGCGCACGGGGCGCAUCGGCAGUCUCCACGAGUUCCAGCAGCGCGCCGCCCGGUACGACGGCCAGAGCCUCAAUGGGCCCAGCAACGACCGCAGGGUCCCCAUGACCGCGCUGCUGCGGGACGAGAACGGCCCCACCGUCUCGGACACGUACGUCGAAGUCGCCGCCGGCCGCCGUGGCAGCGACGGAUCCGAUUUCCUCGAGACGUUCCGCAAGUUUGGCGGACGGCGGUCGAUCUCGGGCGUCUCGCUCUUCGGGGGCGAGCGGGGCCACGCCCUGAACAAGCGCGCGUACUACCGCCGACAACUCAAGGCCGUGAGCUUCUUGGUGCUGCUUGGGGUCAUCGGAGGACCCCUGAACUACGGUAUCCGCCUUUUGUUCAACUACCUCAUUGAUCUGAGAGAGUGGCUAGUGGACCAGGCCCCCAAUUACGCGUCCAAGCUCGCGGUCUGGACAGCGCACACCGUGGUAUUCUCGGGGCUGGGACUCUUCUUCACUCAGCUCGCUCCGGUUGCCGCUGGUUCGGGGGUCUCGCAGAUGAAGUCCAUUCUGACGGGCAUCGACCCGCGCAUGUACCUGCCCGGGUACUUCGACUUCUCCACAUUCCUGGCCAAGGUCGCUGGCUUGGUGUGCUCUGUCGGUGCCGGCCUCAUCGUGGGCACCGAGGGGGCCUACGUCCACAUCAUGUCCAUCGUCACGCACCACCUCCUCAAGACGCCCAUGUUCCGAGGUUUCAGCCUGCACCUCAAUGGCCGACUGCAACUGCUGGCCGCAGCCUGCGCCGUGGGCGUGUCGUCGCUGUUCUCGUCCCCCGUUGGAGGCGUGCUCUUCUCGAUGGAGGUGACGUCCACUUACUACCUCAUGUCCAACUACAUCAAGGCAUUCAUCAGCGCGGUGGCCGGGGCCGUGAUGCUGCGUCUGACGCUGGUACUGGCCCAGAGUAAAUCCAACCUCGCAACGCAGGUGGUGCUCAAGACGCAGUUCCCUGCUAGCCCCUUCACUAUCUGGGAGAUCCCGCUGUACAUUCUCCUCGGGACUGUGCUGGGACUGCUCUGCACGGCGAUGAUGUGGUUCUUGCGCACGAUCGCCGAGCGCAGGAGCGCAUUUCGAAAGUCGUCCCAGAGGUGGAAGCAGGUCCUAGUCACGUGGAUCGACCCGCUCGUCGUGGCAAUACUGACGGGCGUAUUGACGUUCGUGCCUGGAGAAUACGCGCAGCACAACUCGAUGGACGACCUCGCUAUUCUAUUCACGCAGGGGGACCUCCCCUCGACGUGGCAGGUGGUGUCCAAGUACUACGCGCUCUCGGUGCUGUCCGCUGUCUUCAUGUUCUUGCUGCCGCUGUGCAUUACGCUCAAGAUCCCGACUGGAAUUUGGGUGCCCACGUUCAUCGCGGGCGCAGCCUUCGGGCGCAUGUUUGGCGAAGCCAUCGCCACUCUGUUUCCAAGUAUCAACGUGAUCCCCGGGACGUACGCGUUGGCUGGCGCUGCAGCGUUUGGGUCGGCGGCAACGCGCGCGCUGUCCGUGGCGGUCAUUACGCUGGAGAUCACUGCCGCGAUGUCCAUGAUGCUCCCGUUGUUCUGCGCUUCCCUCGCGGCGAUGGCCGUCUCGAACCUGUUCAAGGAGAAGUCCGUGUACGACACGCUGCUGGUCGUGAGCGGCAUGCCGUUCCUCCCUCUCGUCGACUUCGAGCCGACUACGACCGCAGCGGACAUCGUGGAGCCGUGCUUGGUCUACAUCACCAAGAAGACGACGAUCGCUCGCGUUCUGCUGGCGCUGCAGCGCCUCCCGCACCACGAAAUCCCGGUCGUGGACAACGAAGCGACCAUGAUCUUGCUGGGCGUCGUCAGCGGCUCCCAGCUGCGCAGGUUCGUGAGGAAGUACUACGAGACCAACAGCCUCACAGGCGUCGACGAAGACCUAGGUGAGAAGCCCCAGAGCGCCCCACCGCUCAUGUCGUGGGCCACGCUCAAGGACAAACUCACGUUCACCACGCGCACCGACAACACCGGGGGCUUCAACGGCAUGGGCUCCAUCGACAUCACGUACAACGCGCUGUCGACGCAGAAGCCGCACGUGCUCGGAGCUGCGGCCGGGGGCGCCCCCGUGCCGUUCCUCAUGGACGACUCCAAGAUGCUGGGGCUGCUGAACGAAGGCUGGGACGCCGCCAAGGCCGAGAAGCUCAACGCCACCGUGAAGGUCACCGAGGGGCGGGUCUGCGUCAUCCGACCCAUGGCCAUGACCAUCUCCAGCAACACGCCGCUGGACGACCUCCACAUGAUCUUCACCAUGCUGCGCUGCGACCACUGCUUCGUGUGCGACCACGGGGCCCUCGAGGGCGUCGUCACCACCAAAGGACUGCUGCGCUCCGGCAAGUUCUCGGCCGCAGCGUAG